GCUCGCGUUCGCUCUGCAAAUGCUAGAUUCCUGCACGUGGUAGCAGGAUUAUUUUUCUUAAGUCUGGUAGGUUCGCACGGACGGAGGAAAUCAAGAAGUAGUACAAAAACAAAACCAACUCGACGUGUAGAAGAUGCAGCUACUUCUUGUAGUUCGCAAAAGUCAAGCGUAAAAUAGAAUUAGGUUGUCCUUCUCUGGCUGUCUAUUUCUGCAUAUUCCUAUUUUUCUCGAAGGAAAUUCAGUUAUGUUGUUGUGUUGAUUCCUCCUCGUUGGCUUUUGUUUAUUGGCGUUGAUUUGGUUGUUUCUUACAAGAAUCCCAGUUUGAUAGAUGGCACCUUGCGCUCCGGCGCCGGCGACCACGAGUUCUUCUACUUGGGCGGACAGUAAGUCGAACGACGUGCAGCAACUUAACUUCGGUCCCAGUGCAACGACGUCCUCGACGUCCUCCUCUAUUGCGUUGUCGGCGUACGCGGCCAGCACGACAUCAAGCACCUCCACGAGCAGGAGUUCUACUUUUGCAAACACUACAGACCCGCUGCGUCAGAAUUAUAGCAAGUACCGCAGUAAGUACAACACGACCCUUCAAGUAGAGCAGACGACCCCACCAGCAGCGUCACACCCAUUUUCCUCUUGGUCGUCCACCUCGUCCUCUUCUAGUGGUAAAAAAAUGUCGAUGAAGUCGCGGUAUUGUGUCAGGAUGGACACCACCAUCCCGAAACUGUUGGUCAAGAUCGCACCCGAGGAUGCCAGCGCGUUCGGCAUCAAGAACCUCGGGGAGGUGCUUCUGAAGAAGCCGAACCAGUCGGACGCCACCGCGCGGGUGGCUGUCGUGAACAUUUCCAACACCGUGCUAUGAAUUGCAAAAGUAUCAUACUAGUAGUAAUUGCAAUACAAAUUCGCUCAGCAUGAUCAUGAAAAAUGGAAUUUGUCAUGCUGAUUUGCCUUGGGAACCAGAUUUGUCAUGCAUGACAGCGAUUACUACGAGUACGAUACUUUUGCACAGGAUACGUGGCGAGCAGCGACAUUUUGAUGAGCGUCAAGCUCGCCGACCUGCUGGAACUGGACGAGGAAGAGCAGGUGGACGUCGAGCCUGUCGCCGCGCCUCCUCCACCACCGUCUUCAUCUUCCUCGUCCGGGCUGAACUCCGGCGCCAGAGGCUUGUUUUCUUCUGCGACCACGUCGACCGCCGGACUGUUUUCUUCCAUUCCCGGAACGGCAGCGACGGCGUCCGUGGCCAGCGGUAGCUCCUCGUCUUCUUCAUCCUCGUCCUCUUCGAGGAGAAAACAGAACAUCAACACAGGAGCGGGUGGACUGCUCGGCAGCCACAAUAAAACCGCUUCUAGUUAUUCGGUACGAGCUGCCGCUGCGACGUCGGCGCAGGUUUACCAGUCCUCCACGUCUUUGUCUUCGCGCGGCUUCGCGGGCUUUCUAUCAGAUUCUACUCAGACGUUACAGUUACUCUCGCAACUGUCACAUGAUUUGUCAUUCAAGAAGACCACCAAACAAUGCAAUAGGAAUAGCAACACGAUCACGCUACAACUUCGCAUGGCAAAUUCUCGAAGCGCUGAGCAGCGUGGAAAUCUGUGCCGCUUUUGUUGUACUAUGCGAGACGAGGUGCAAGCUCACCCGUCCCGACCGCUUUCACUUUUGCUAUUCUUGCAGCACAAAUUGAUGCAAGAACAGGCGACGACGAAUAUAACGUUUGAGAGCUCGUCCAUAGUUUCCUGCUUCGUCGUCGAGCGCCUCGCCACCACCUCGAAGUAGCCCGAAUUCCUCACCCCCACAGGGUGCGGGUGGUGGGGCAGAGGAAGACGAGGACGACCUUUUCGCUCGAGGUCGCCCAGGUGACAAGACCGGCGACCUGAUGCAACACGCCUCGGCGCUCCGCUCAAUGCUGAAUGAGGCCCUCUCAAUGAACAAGUAACUAAACUACAUUUGCAUAAAUGACAUUCACAUAGGCAUAUUUUUUACCAGGACUUCUGCUGUGAGCUGCUGUGCAAUAUGCAUUCCUUCGUCUUCCUAUCGGAAGUUUUGGUACAGAUUUGAGUCUGAUGCGUUUGUAGAUCCAGGAAGAAAAAGACACACUUUCUUAGCAUGAUUAUACAGGAGCUACAUAUUUUCCUGUGGGUCAGAAAGAAUGAACACACGUAAAAGAUGAAUCACCUCCAGUAUUAUUAUUAGAGUCUGAAUCUAAAAUAGAUGACAAUCAACAAGAGUUUUACACCAUCGAUCAUAGGUCUCCGGGCAGAAGCGCAGUUCCAGGUACAACUUCAUCGAGUGGCCGUUUCGAGUUCGAUAACAAGUUUGAGGAUACCGCGACCAGUGGUUCCUCCUCGCGGCCGCGCGUAUUUCACACAACACGAGGGUCCAGGAAGCAGGGCAGGGAUCAUCUGGGCGGAAACGCCUCCUCCGACGACGACGGGGUCUUUUCCUUUCUGCAUUCGGGCUAUCAUAAGGCGAAACGCUUAUACACGCCGACGACCGGGGAGGCGCCCAAAAGCACCAGCCUUUUGGAUGAAGCGACCACGAGUACUAGAACGAGCCACGCAACGACAAGCGAGUAUGGAAGUAGAAGUAAUACGACCGCUAGACGACGCGACUACGAAGUUCGGACGGGACGACCCGAUGGUGGAGCAACAGCUGCAAGCACCUCAACUAUUGCUCGAGACCAAGAAAAGUGGCGGGACGGUACGCCGUAUGCAACUGGUGUAUCAAGCUCGCCCACGUCUCCAAGUGCGAGGGGGCGCGGCUCCCGGGAUCUUCCAGCCGAGGCGGAUUUUCCGGGCUUUAAUAGUCUUCAUGCUGCGACUUCUUCAAGUGGCUCCGCCACCGCCGGGCGCGCGACGGGUGGGGGUGGAUCCUCAUCUUCGUCGUCGAAAGCGAGAAAUCAAGCAAAUUUGGAGCCCUACCUGUUUCCGACCGCACCUGCAGGUCCACCUCCUGGCAGCCAGAGCAACAAACUUUUCACGUCCACGUCUUCGACCACAGAAACACCGAGAACUAACUCGCCGCCGGGACCACGAACAGGACACGUGCCCGGGGCAGGAUCCUACGCAGGGGCGAAAAAGGCGGAGCAGCACGGGGGUAGAGACUCGCCCAUCAAGAAAGUGCUUUCGAGCCUUAAUCGUGCGUCGGAAUUUCUCGACGAUCGUGCCGUUCUGUCGGGAGGCUUUGGGGCAGGAAGCAUGGGACAGGAGUACGGUAGCAACAGCCCCCACAGCAGUCCUCCCGGCGGGACACAGGACGCUAACAAGGGCACUCGCCUACACUUCUUCAGCGGUAGCUCCAGCACCACAUCGGGAAGCGCAGGAGUGCGUCACUCAAGAAAGUACUUACCUGUACUACGCUAGCAACAUUUAAAGUUGAGUAAAAGUAUACGUAAGUUAGUCUUAGCUAGCAUGUCUCUCCUCCAAUCUUGUGGCUGUUCCUGUCUUCUAGAAUUUCGGUCACAAUUUUUUCGCAGGCAGGAGUUGCUGGAAGAGUUUGCACAUGAACAGCGUCUUUCGAGUUUGAAUGGAAUCGGUGCAUCCCCAUUCGACCGCUUUUCUGCUGCACGUUUAGGAAGUAGCCCGGUGGAUGGCGAACGUAUAGAGGCAAAGCUGGAAACUGACGCGACAAGGAGAAAGUUGGCCUCGUUUCGCACCACCACGCACUACUCGGCGAAUCACCCGGCUGUGCAGAACUACAAUCUUCGCCACAGCAGCGCGACCCCCUUGGGGGAGGACGUCGGUGACCCGUCGAUUCUAUCGAGGCCAAACAUUCGUUCCGUUGGAGCUGCUGAUGCUGUGCAGGAGCCGGCGGUAUCUGCCGGGUAUAAAAAGUACAUCGACGAAAGUCAAGGGAAGGAUCGCCGGGGUGGGGGUGGAGAAGAAAACAAUUCUUCGGGCGAGGGCUUUCGCAGUGACGACGAACCCGCAUUGCAUCAUACAGACCAAUCGGUAGAUUCUCUGCUCCGGGAGAGUGCACGGCGGCAGCGGGAGUCCUUGCAGCGACUCCAACAGACGAACGAGCGCAUUGCGCGAGCGCGACGCGAAAUGGAUGGGUGGCUUAACCGGGACAAGAACGGCGCAGCUGCUACCUCGCCCUCCUCGACGUCCCCGGACCACGAACAUGCUGACGCUCCUGACGCCGACGACCAGAGCGAAAAACAUUCUUCUCGCCUAAGAGCAGGCGAUCUGAAUUCGCGAGAACCAACUCGUGCUGCUGCACACGAAACUAGUUCCAAUUCGUCUUCCUGCCAACGCGCCAAAAAAAAUGGCAAACAGAAAAGUAUCAUAAAAACCCAGCUUCGUCAAGUAGGUAUCGAUCUUUCGUCAAGCAGCGACAGCGAGGGCGGUGGGUCGUCCUCGUCCGGAUCUGACUCCUCAUCCGGAGGUGACGUCACAAAUAAAACCCGCAAGCAGCGCGUCGGCAUAACAGGACGUCGUCGUGGUGGUAGCGAUAAACCUUCCUCAGCAGCAGCAGCAGAUGGGUUUCGCUUGUUGCCCGGGGACCGAAGAGAGGACCACGACGACCACGCACAUCAUGACAGAGGGGACGACGGUCUCGACCUCGACCUGGACGACCUCGCGGUGAAAGAAAUACUAUCGCGCCACCGUAUCCCCACGUCUCCGUCCCCGUCUUCUGGGGCAAGUCCAGCCAUGAUCAACCACGAUGCCAAGAGGAACGAAAGCUACAGGUUGCCCGCCACGACCGGACUUCUAACAAGUCGGAGUGCAAGUCGAGGAACUUCUGGACUGUCCCAGGAGGAAGCAACCGUCGGCCCCGGACGGCGCGAAGAGCAGCUCCCGAACUCAUAUGUGUACGGACGGAGCAAAGACGGAGAAACGUCGCAAGUUGGUCGUGCAGAGGUGGACAACGACUCCAGGCCGCAUCGUCCAUCGAGUUCAGAAGACGCAGACGAUGUUGAGGGCGAAUCGGACACCGAGGAGUGGCUUCUCAAUUACCUUCGCCGUGUAAAAUCCAAAGAACACCGCGACGCGACCACGUCGCAGGAGCAAGCGAAAGAUUUCUACAAAAAGGCGGCCGAGUCGACGCAGCAGCAAUUUCAGGAGGCAUUGUUCGCCUCCUCUUCCUCCAAGGUCGUGCCGCCUCGUGCUUCGCGGACGAGCAAGGGGCUCGAUUUGAUUGACGAUGAAUCUCCCCGGUGCGGAGAGACAGCGCGCGGCACAGCGGAUGAUGUUGGGAUGUCUACAGAAGCAGAGUCAAAGAACGAAAUAUUGAAGGACAGCGCGACCGCGGCCGGUAGCGAGACUGAAAAUAAAUGUAAACGCGAUCGGAAGCUAAAUCAUGAGACCGAACACCACGACAGCGGUACUAGAAAAGGAACACGGGCCCGCUCAGGUUCCGAUUCUCGUGAAGUAGGUGAAGACGAGCAGGACGUAUCUAGGGAGGAGCUGCACGACGAGCAAGAGGACCACGAUGAGUCUAUGGACAAAAGCGACUUUUUGUCCGCGUUUCGUGCCCGGCUCAACAAGCGCGCACAGGAGCUUCGGGAGGAGCAAGGCUUUGCUCCAAGUGCGCAAGACGAAAGAACUAGCCCGGAAAACAACCGCGGUAGAACGGAUGAGGAAGAACAGGAUCCUCUCAUCUUCACCGACAACGACGAAGACGAGGAUGAUCUCCCUGGCUUCCGUCCUAGUAGUCGCAGUGCCUGGAGAGCUUCUUUGCAUGCUCGUAACCGUGCCGACGUUGCGCCGGAGCCGCUCUCUUCCCGCAUUCGUGCCGGCCAGUCCGAGUCGUCGUCAAAAAGAACUGUCGACGAGGCUGUGGAGAGUGAGAGCCGACGAGACAAAGUGGACUUUUCCCGGCCCGAUUGGCGAAUCGGUGCGAGAAGUGGCAGCAGCCGGAGCGGCGCGGGGGCGACUCGAAAAAUAAAAACUUCCAGCAGUAGAGCGAAAAGGGCUGGUAUUUCAACAUCCGGUAGAAGCUCCUCAUCCAACAGCAGCCUCUCAGGGAUGUCUGAGGACGACGAAGGCUAUGGAGGUUUGAACCUCGGUAAUCUGAUGGGUACAUCAAAUCUAGAGGAGCAAUCUCCGAGCGCAACCACAGAGGGUGAUCGCGCCCCGUCGGAGGAGGCCAGCCCCGUGCCACGCCGCGACUUCGGGUUUCAGGAGUUCCUGGAGGAACAACGCGCCUCGAGCAAAGAGGCUGCGGAACGCGAAAGCGAUGACGGCGGUGGUCCGCACGGUGAGUCAAAAAGGGAACAUCAAAGCGGUAGUGGUAAGGAGGACACGGCAACAGCGAAACAGCAACAAGCGGGUAGCGAAGACGUCUCGUUGUCCACCGCAGAACCAAAAAAACAGGACAAAACCAAUGCCAGCGGUACCCCACUAGGUGAAGAUCUGCAGCAUCAAGCAGAUUCUGGUGCCAAAACUGCACAUCAAACCACGGGAUUUCAAAGCGCCGCUCCCUCUACCGCAGCCUCAGGCACCAGCAGCAGUAGCAGUUCUUCCACGUCCUCGCCGCGGUGUAGUCGAUCUGGCGCGCAACUACACAGCACGAAAACCAAGCAGGAUCAUCAACAGCACACCUCCGGCAUCGAUCCGGCGCUCUGCCAAAUUGUCCCCGCAAGACGGUCCUCUGUGCAAGAGGGAGACGGGCACGGCCAAGGAAACAAGAAGAUGCAGUCACUCAGCCUUCGACUUAACGCCGGCGAAAACCCCGUCUUCUUGGAAUACGUUUCGGCGAAGGUAACUAGCAGUUAAUCUUUAUUGCGUCUCAAAAAUGGUGCGUACGGCCAAGUUCAGGUGCAACUGGUCGUGAGUCAGAAACUACAUUCGUAUCAAUUUGUAACACAAAAGUAACCGAGUUCUAGGCGCCUGCGUAGACCUCACUCUACGAACUUUGUUUAAUAGUAGAUGUAAACCCCAACGACGCUGUUGAACAAAGUGAAAGUGGCUGCUGACCGCUUGCGAGUGCGAGAUCGAAUAUUUGACAAUUUUCAGUGUAUGAUGUCGGAAAAACUAUUGCACUCCUAUGGCAACAAGAACUCGAAUCGCACACGCUCACACAGGUAGAACAAUUCGCGACGGCAGAUAGCCUGAAGAGCCGCAGCGCGACUCUGAUUCCGCGGCAGUGGCGCGCCAUGCGGCGAGACAGCCGGCUGACCCUCGAAGCGUCAGAGUUGGGGCCCCAGGUGGCACAGGAAAUCGGCAAGUGGUUCACUCAGGAGGUCUCCGGGCGGCACGUUUCCUAUUUUCUGUGCGACCGUGCGGCCCUGCUCUUCACGAACAGAAUUUCUUCCAAUAAGGGCAUGGGCGGCAAAGGUGUAACUGGCGGCCCGCUCGGCGCCGUCUGUGGGGGCCACAGCGAACAAGCGCAAAUCCUAUACCGCGAGAUCUUUUCCAAAAGCCCGAAAGAAGCCGUUCGUGCCGCGUUUGCGUUUUUUGGGUUCCCCGAGAAAAAAGCACGCCGGGGCGAUUGGUCGUCGUAUUCGGUUUCCGAAAUCUCGCUGGCUUACCGAAAAGCGUGCCUGAAAGCCCAUCGCGAGGGCGGGGUGGAGCUCGUUCGCAUUCAAGCCAUGCUGGAGCUUAUCCGCUCUUUCGCUUACCACCGAAACGGGGAGGACCACGCAGCUGCGACCAAUAGUGCGAGCAGUUGUGGUAGUAAGCCUGGUGCGGCGCGUGGCUCCGAUAGUAAGAAGAACAAUAGUGGAACAAGCCACAAAACGGGCGGGGGAGUAGACGCCGAAGAUGAACAGGACCUCGAUGCAAUGACCGAAAAAGCAAACCUCCAGGACAACAAGAACGGGAAAACUAGUACUGCUGCGCCUGGUGCAGCUGAAGACGCCGCGGCGAAAGAGGCUGUAGAAAGUAAAGCCCGCACCGGACUCUCGGACGUCGUUGUAAGCGAAGAGAUCACGCGCACGUCGGUCGAGGUGGAGAAGCUGGCGAAGGAGGCCGAGGGCAGCUACUUGGAGCAGUUGAACAAACAGUUUGACGAAUACAUUUUGCGGCAAAUGCGGUUCAAGAGCGAGGUUAUCGACGAGAUCGCGCGGCUGCACGAGUCCGCCGCUUACGCUAUCCUAGGUGUUGACAUCAAUGCCACCGACGAGGAAAUCAAGAAAGCCUACCGCCAGACCGCCAUGUACUGCCAUCCGGACAAGGGCGGAGACAAAGCGGACUUCCAGGAACUCAACAACGCAUACGAGAAAAUCAUGAACCAACGCGAGGAGAAAAAGAAAAACGACUACGAGGUGGACGAGCCGGGCGGCGCACCAAAGCCGCAGCCAUCCUCUUCAGCGAAUGACGACGGGAAGGGGGAAAAGGACAAGAGUAAAGCUGCGUCUUCGCCAAAUGCUGCAGCUGGGGACGAAGACGCGGACGGCAAGGAUCAACCCGAGAAAGACCCAGACCAGAACCCAGAAGAAGCUGGCCAAGCCGCAGACUUGCUGACAAAAGUUGGUAUGUUCUUAGCAGUCUAUGCGUGAAGUCUGACAUUAAAACAUCGAUGUGCAAGCAGCCAAAAUUUUUUGAAUCGUUUCCGUUUUGUCUUCCGUUGGUCCUGGUCUUGUUCCUUCUUGAAUUCGAUAGCAUUUGGAGGAAAGCGAGAAAGCAUGAAAAGAAAAUGUUGAAUCACAUAAAUAUUUAUAACAACACACUGCGCACACAGCAAAAGCCGCUGAUGAGGCCAGUCGGUUUGCAAACACGGCCGCCGAAUUCGCGCAGCAAGUUGCGGAGGCUUCCAAGACAGCACGCAAAGCGAGUGCAGAUCCAGCCCAAGAGGGACUUACAAAAAGCAUUGCGCACUCCGCCAUCGUCCUGACGCUCACCGUCGUGAAAGCGGUGCGGGUGGUUGGUUAUGCUUCACUCGAUGCUGCCAGCCAUGCAUUACAAGCGAGCAAGUGCCAGUCCGCCUCUACGCCCGGCUGUGUAUACGAUUCCUCUGAUGCUUGAAGUUGUAUCCACUAAGCUCAAGAAGGGAGACCGAAAGUUGCCUCGUCGAGGGUCAUAGAUAGUCGUCGUAAUCGGAACGUUGCACUUGCAGCUAUUUUUUAUUUUUGCACGCGCGCUAUUGAAUAUGAAAUUCAUGAUAGAACUGUUGGUAAAUUUGCCUUGCUGUUCUUAGUGAUGGUAUGCUAGUAGUGGUAGUUGUAAAGAAGUGACUAUCUAAAUACUUUUAUUUUCGACGACGAUAAUUACAGGCGGCCGCGGCAGCCGGUGCAAUGAGCGCGGGUUUCGAGGCUCUCAAUUCCGCGUCGAGCUGUGCACAAGCAACCGAAGAAGCCGCUGGCGAGCUUCAGGCUGCGGUCGGCACGGACGUGUGUGACUCGGAGAAUUUGGCUCUCGCAGCGGACAAAGCCGCGGAAGCUGCUUCAGUCGCAGCAAAUUCUGCCAUCGCCGCUGCUAUUGCCGCUGCGGAAGCAGCAAAGCAAACCGGGAAAAUUGCAGAGGAAGAAGCCGCGGCGCGCGCGAGCAGCAACAAGACCGGAGGCGAGGGGGAGGCAGGUGCGGAAAAUGGAGCGGCCGACGCGGACGGUUCUACGAAUGAAAAAUCUGAGGAAACUGAAAACGGGAAAACACCAGACGAGGGGACGAAAGAUGACAAAGAAAACCCCGGAAAAGCAGGUACGAAAUAAACUUAGGAGGCCUAGUAGGGUCGCGAAGAUGGUUGCCAGGCUAGAAGUCAACUUUCCAUCUUGAUCUAGAUCUUUUUAAGGUGUUUAUAUCAUAUCUGUAUAUCUGCCGGCUCGUCUUUUGAGGUAUUGCAUACUUAACCAACCGCACUUUCACGACGAGUGCUUUAUUUUGCGUUUUGUUGCAAGUAAAGAACCUGAUGCCGAAAACAUUGUAGGUUCCCCCAAGGCUAAUUCCGCGCCCGUCUCUCCACAAGAGGCCGAAGAUCCACAGGAGCGUCGCGUCUUGCAGCGUGUGAAUAACCACAAACUCCUGCAGCGCCUCAAUGCUGAAAUACUAGGGUAAGCUGUGCAUCUGCAGACAUGGGCAUGCCCAUGCUUGAUGCUCGACUACACUUUCACUGUCGUGUCUACUUGCUUGUUUCGAUUUGAUGCAUCAAUCCUGGGGCUGUAUCCUGAUUUGUUUUCCGUGGCCGGCGAAAGCCGACGGGGGAUCAAGAAUAUUAUGAAUUAUGUGCUUGUGCUUGCAUUAAACUCUCGGCCAAAUAAAUGUAUGAAUCGCCGAAUUGUUGCUCUCCUGCAUUACUCCGUCAGGUAUCAAACCAACAUCAAGCAGUUCCUGGCGUCUAACCGCAAGUUGAUUCCCAAAGUAGUUCCGGAGGAGAAGUAUGAAACUGAAGUGAACACACGCCCACACCACCUAGGAGGGACACACGUGGCGCAGGUGGAGGAAACAACUCUGAAAGAAACUGAAUCGAAUUGAUAUUGCACGAGGAACACGACAAAUAAUAGUGUAUUCAAAGACACGCUGCCAGUAGCAGUGCGAAGGAAAGUGUUCUAUGUAUCUAUGUGAUGCGUGUAGUUCCGACUCUUUCUCAUGAGGGUAUUGCUAAACAUGCACCACUCCAGGUGUAUCUUGCACCUCUCGCCGUGGGCAUGUCGUUCUUAGUUUCUCUUGCAUAUUUCGCACCACAUUUUUGAGUUGGUUACGGAUUACUUGGUGCACGCUCGGCGGAAGUUGGGAAAGUUCGCGCAGUCCAAUUUGAGUUAUGUGGAAAUGCUGAAUCGGUUGAAGGACCUGCCCCUGCUCAGCCCCUUGUUCCUUCCCCUGAACUUGGCCAUCAGCGUCAACCCCGAAACGCGCGUGUUGCGAAUGGCCGCAAUCUUUGACACACCACUGCUGCAGCAGAUGCUAGACCAGUACUUAUUCGACUACUUGAAGAAGAGCAUUUUCGACACUGCCCCAGCACAGGUUCAGGAACGCGUGCAAAAAGUUCGGAAAAAGAUAUUCGACGAAAUCUCCAACAUCGUCUCGGUUGAAUGA